CCAGCCAAUAUCAAACCCAAAAUUCUCUUCACUUCAUUACAUCUCUCGCCUCCCACAAAUAAGAAAGCUCCUAGAUAUUCCCAUCCCUCCGACCUCAAUCUCACACCAACUUACCACAUACAUAUUUCUCAACCAUCCACCUCAACCUCCACCAAACCCACCCUAAAGCAUCCUCUAGAGCCAACAACCAAAAUGGAACCACCACAACCUCCCAAACCAAUCCGAUUCCCCCGCUCCAAAAGAAUUCUCCUCCUCGCCUUCGCCGCAACAGCAGCCUUUCUCCCCCGACCCUCCUCCUUCGGCUCCGGCGGCGGCGGCGGCCCAACAUGCGGCAUGGACGCAGUCAUGAUCCCCACCGCCAUCCGCCUCCGCGAGAGCGUCAAAGAACGAGCUGGCGGGACUCGCAGCAUCCCACGACUGCCUCUGUAUCUCACCCGAUCGACAACAAAAGCUUAAGAAACCGAUCAUCAACUUUCGACCAAAAGAGACUUUGCAACACUUGUUCAAAAGUCUCACCAAAAUGCCAGAGAGACACUGAACAAAAACAACGUGUUGCUUCCCUUUCGGAAAGGUCAUCGAGUAAAAAUCUGAAAAAGGAGGAAUGGAGUUAUUGCCUGGGCUUACACAACCAGCUGGUAACGGAGGAGGAUGGGAAGAAUUACACCCAA